UACUUCCAUGACAGCAUGAUACGGGUGAGAUGGCAACCUGAAGACUGAAGACUGAAGACGAGUGAAGUACUUGUACCGUUUACUACAACUGCAACCAGUUGCCUGUUCUCUCUUCAUCUCGAAAUAGGCAGGGAACUUCAGAGUUCAGUACUCGACAGUAGCUUGCAGGACGUAAGUCCAUAACGUGUGGAACGUGUUUAGUACCACACUGGCGGAAGUUUUCUUGAAAAGAGCUACUGCCAGUAGACUGAGCUGAGCUGGGCGGCCGUUGUUGUUCGCGACUGGUAUCGCUCAAUACGCUCCAUUGCUGCGAAGGAGAUUUUCUCAACAGUGCGUAACGUCUUGUGUUCCUGGUGGUACCCGUGUGCUUGGUGAAAGAUGGGGUCUCUCUUCAGCGUGUCAGCGUUGGACAAGGGCACACUGGAUCAGGUGCAUAGCCAGCUAACUGAUAAAGGUGUGGAUCCUGGAACAUUGAAGGAGUGCUCGCUAAUCGACAAUGACAGAGGCGGAACGUUUUACCUGAAGUAUGAACGGCUAGAGACAGUGAUGCGAGUGUGGGACUCUCACUGCAGUUGGUGGUCAUUUGAAUUCGAGCGGCAAGGCGAGAGGGAAAUUAUGGCCAUACGAUUGGCGCAACAGACAGGUGUUGAAUGCCCCGAAGUGCUGAUUUCAGGACAAGUUGAAUUGGCUGGAAAGUCUCGCCACUACAUGAUGUCACGGUUUGUGAGUGGUGCAAGAGAGGAUGAGUGGGAAGAUAAGGAACCUCCGAUGAGAUUUGCGAAAGUUGCUGUCAGCAUCUUAGAGAAACUGAAGAGCAAUUCUAAUCUCACACCACAAGCACUGGUCGCACAAGGUUUCAUGAAAGAGGGGGAGCGAAUCGACCAAUUUCCUCUUCCGUACUUGCCUGAUCAUUCAUCUGUGCUGAGCUAUUUGAAGAGCAAAGCAAAAGAAAUUGGUGAACCAUCUGUGGUGGAUGUUGUCAAGAAGGUGGAGAUGUUGUUUGCCGAUGUGCCGUCUCUACCUUGUGGGCCUUGCCUUGUGCAUUCGGACCUCCAUCCUGGAAACCUGCUACUGGACAAUUCGUUCAAGCUGCUAAGUGUUGUGGACUGGGAAGAGGCUGCUAUAUCAGAUAUUCGCAUUGAUGUAGCACAAGCAUGCCUUGCCUGUCUAGAUAGGGAAUUGAUCUGGGACCUGUUUGAACAGGAAACCGGCAUGAACUUGGGCGACAAGAAGCCCUGGCUGGCAUUGGUAGCUCUAAUGCGAUUCAUGAUCAGUGUCCAAAUCGACUGGUAUGAGAAAAUGGGAAAGGAAGUUCCAGACAGUAAUUUGAGUGGCUGGGAGUCGUUGUGCGGAGAUGCUGAAGAAAUUCUGAUUGAAUUGAACAUCCUUCCCAACCCGGAAGCGGCCUAAUAGAAGAAAAAUACUCUCUGCCGUAAUAUCAUCUACAAACAUGGCUGAAUGUAGGCAUAUUAUUAAGUUUGGAAAUGCAUUCCUGCCACUAUUCCAUAUCCAUCUAUUCUUACUCACAGAUUAGUUUUCCUAUAUUCUGGUUUAACACUCACAUAUUUGCACUUGCUGUCUUGAAUUCAUGAUUAUUAGAGUGAAUAUUGCUAUGUAAGGCUGGCACCAUGUUUUCAGCUUCCUUCAAUACGUUUCACAGACCCGCCGAAAAGUUUGUGUGACUCAUGCCCUGUAAAAAUGGUUUCAUCAGAUGGCUGCAACUGCCAUUUUUCUGGUUCCUUUCAUCUUGUGAGAGUUGUUGCUAUUAUCAAGAUUAUGAAAAUUGUAAUUGACCAGUGCUAACAUCAAUACUUCUUUGUAGUUUUAUGCACAGCACAGUUAUGUUACGGAACACACUGUUGCCAUUGUGAUCUGCGGCACAGAUGAAUAUGCUGUUGUCCUCUUGCAGCUGCUAUUAUGUUUUCACUUGAUAGUAUGCAGAAGCAUGCGACCCUGGGUGGCGUUUGAUGUUUUUUCCUUCUACUAUACUCUUUGACUUCGCUGUGUACACAUGAUGUACGUGUACCCAUAUCUCUAGUGUAAAAGAACAUGAUUGUACCGUC